AUGGCGUCCACAGAUCAGUCCCUCCUGGACUUAACGGAUAAAGACACCCGGGAGAAACUGUCGUUAUGGGAUCGCCGUACCGAUGCCAUGGCUCCCCUCACGGAGAAGCAAAUGGACUCUGUCCUGGAGAUCCGAGCCGCAGCCGAAACGCCCUCUGUCCCCUCAGAGCUUCCCAUUGAGGACUUGUGCAGCCUUUCGUCCCGGUCCUUGCAGUCCCCGUUUACAGCGACGGUGCCCGCCUCAACAGAGGACGUCCUGCUCAAGGGUUUCCAGAUGCUUGAUAUGGAGAAUGAUAGGAUAGAAACUGCACAGCAGUUUUUUUCCUGGUUUGCCAAGUUACAAUCAAACAUGGACCAGGAUGAGAGCUCAAAAUACAGGAAAACCAGAGAUGAUCUAAACUGUUACCAAGAACAAUGCGAUGCUAUUCUUAAAGAUGUCAGUGCAGCUCUGGAGCACUUGGAGUCCCUUCAGAAACAGUACCUAUUUGUGUCCAAUAAGACUGGAACUCUGCAUGAGGCCUGUGAACAACUCCUAAAAGAACAGUCAGAGCUUGUUGACCUGGCUGAGAGCAUACAGCAGAAACUGUCAUAUUUUAAUGAGUUAGAAAACAUCAACACGAAACUGAACUCGCCAACCUUGUCUGUAAAUAGUGAAGGAUUUAUACCAAUGCUGUCAAAAUUGGAUGACUGCAUUGAAUAUGUUUCUUCACAUCCAAAUUUCAAGGACUAUCCGGUUUAUUUGGCCAAGUUUAAACAAUGUCUUUCUAAAGCUAUGCACUUCAUGAAGAUCCACAUUGUAAACACUAUGCAGAAUCUUACAAGCCAGUUAACAAAAAGGGAUCCAAUGGGCUUGACCAACGCGGACAAUGCCUUUACACUUUACUAUGUAAAGUUUAGAGCAGCUGCACCUAAAGUUAGAUCACUGAUUGAACAGAUAGAACAACGAGCAGAGAAGAUACCUGAAUACCAUCAGCUCCUAGAUGAAGUCCACCAGUGUUACCUUGAGCAGAGAGAGCAGCUCCUCAGUCCCAGCAUCGCAUCCACCAUUACUGACCUCACCAACCAGAACAGCAAAGACCACUGUGCUCUGGUUCGCAGUGGCUGUGCCUUUAUGGUUCACGUUUGCCAGGAUGAACACCAGCUGUACAAUGAGUUCUUCUCUAAACCUACACCCAAACUAGACGAGCUGCUAGAGAAGUUAUGUUUGUCCCUGUAUGAUGUCCUCCGGCCUUUAAUCAUCCACAUCAUCCACCUGGAAACUCUGUCUGAGCUCUGCAGCAUUCUCAAGAAUGAGAUGCUUGAAGACCAUGUUCAUAACAAUGCUGCUCAGCUGGGGGCUUUUGAUGCAGUUGUGAAGCAGAUGCUGGAGGAUGUCCAGGAGAGGCUGGUCUACAGGACCCACAUUUACAUACAGACUGAUAUCACAGGCUACAACCCAGCUCCAGGGGAUCUGGCCUAUCCUGAGAAAUUGGAGAUGAUGGAGAGAAUUGCUCAGAGCUUGAAGGAAGAGCAGAUGAAGCAGAUGUCACAAGAGUCAAUGUUUUCUGAUGUACAGCUUGAGGAUCCUGAUGGUAGAAGAAACAGUAAUGCUGGGAAUGUUGAAGCUUCACGCCUACAGACAUCUAUCUCUCCCGCUGAUCUGCACGGCAUGUGGUACCCUACUGUCAGACGAACACUGGUUUGCCUGUCCAAGCUCUACAGAUGUAUAGAUAGAGCAGUCUUCCAGGGUUUAUCUCAAGAAGCCUUAUCUGCCUGCAUCCAGUCCCUUCUUAAAGCGUCUGAUAUCAUCCUUAAAAACAAGACACAAAUAGAUGGGCAACUUUUCCUGAUCAAGCACCUGCUGAUAAUGCGUGAACAGAUUGCCCCAUUUCACACCGACUUUGCCAUCAAGGAAAUCUCACUGGACCUGAAGAAAACGCGAGAUGCUGCCUUCAAAAUCCUGAACCCUAAGGCUGUUCCCAAAUUCUUCCGACUCAACAGUCACAACGCCAUACUUGAAUUCCUGUUGGAGGGAACACCAGAGAUAAAGGAGCACUACAUUGACUCUAAGAAGGAUGUGGACCGGCACCUGAAGUUCAGCUGUGAGCAGUUCAUCCAGCAGCAGACUCAGAUCUUUGUGGGGAACCUUGAGGAGUUUCUCACUAAGGUUGCAGCUCUUAAAACUAUGGCUAUUCAAGGUGGUCCUACCUACAGCCUGUCUCAGCAGCCUUGGGCACAGCCAGCAAAGAUCAACGAUAUAGUGAUGGCUACCUACCGUGUGAUGAAGAGCAAGCUGCCAAGCACUUUACAGAGCAUGUCCUUGUACCUAGCCAAUAGAGACACAGAGUUCAUCCUUUUCAAGCCUGUCCGGAAUAACAUCCAGCAGGUAUUCCAAAGACUGCUCGCCUUGCUUCAGGAGGAAUACAGUGGAGAGGACCUUCAAAUCAUUGCAUGUCCGUCUAUGGAGCAGAUUAAUCUACUGCUGUCUGUGAAUAAGUAAUGCCCAGGUUCGAUGUGGCGAUGCUGGCGAACACCCUCUGGAUAGCAAUGGGGAUGCUCCAACUCCAGCCACGAUCAGGGAACUGCACCUUAGCUGCAAGCUGGAACAGGAACGCUAGACUGACAGCAAAAAAAAAAAAAAAAAAAAAAUCC